AUGACGUCCUAUCACUCCGUUUCAUCUAUAUCCAAAGUCUAUGCAAAUGUGUUGGCGUCUAAACCUCAAUCCUAUUGGGAUUAUGAUAAUCUAAACAUCAAGUGGAAUUCUCAAGAUAAAUAUGAAAUUAUUAAAAAGUUGGGAAGAGGUAAAUACUCCGAAGUGUUCUUGGGGAUUGAUUUAAGCACUGAUGAAAAGUGUGUCAUAAAAGUGUUGAAACCUGUAAAAAGGAAAAAGAUCAAACGAGAAGUAUCUAUAUUAAAGAAUCUUAAAGAAGGGCCUAAUAUUAUCACAUUAUUGGACGUAGUUCGUGAACCACAGCUGAAAACUCCAGGUUUCAUUUUUGAAAAUGUCGAUAAUAUUGAUUUUAGAAGUUUGUAUCAUAUAUUCACUGACUUUGAUAUCAGGUACUACAUGUAUGAGCUAUUAAAGGCCUUAGAUUACUCACAUUCAAUGGGGAUAAUGCACAGAGAUGUUAAACCUCAUAAUGUUAUGAUUGACCAUGAAAAGAGAUUACUAAGGCUAAUCGACUGGGGUUUAGCUGAAUACUACCAUCCUGGCACUGAAUAUAAUGUUAGAGUAGCAUCUAGAUUUUUUAAGGGACCAGAGUUAUUAGUGGACUUUAGGCUUUAUGAUUAUUCCUUGGACCUUUGGUCUUACGGAUGUAUGUUAGCAUCUAUGGUUUUUAAGAAAGAGCCAUUUUUUCAUGGAAAAUCUAAUACAGACCAGUUAGUUCAAAUAGUAAGGGUUUUGGGUUCUGACGAUUUGCAUAAAUACUUACAGAAAUAUGAAUUGUCUUUAAGCGACGAAUACGAAGAUUUGGGCUAUUACAAUAGACGACCCUGGAAAAGAUUCAUCAAUGAACAAAAUCAACACCUAAUAUCUGACGAACUUUUAGAUUUUCUCGAUAACUUAUUAAGAUAUGAUCACCAAGAGCGGUUGACUGCGAAGGAGGCGAUGGCUCAUCCUUAUUUUGACCCUAUAAGGAAAACUUAA